AUGAGUAUUGUUAGCGUUCAAGCGAAAUUUACACGUAGAUGUAACAACAAAACAUUAGCACCUCAUGGAAUACAUGUUACUAAAGGAGCCGUGCAUGUGGCCAGAGCAAUUGCUAAAUUUCUUGACUUACAAAAAUCAAUAACAUGGAUGAACAAAUCAUGUCACAUACCGGAUGAAGCGUUUUUCACCACACUGAAUCAUAAUCCACAUCUAGGUGUACCAGGCGCUUACAAAGGUCACCCCGAAACAACUGUGAUGGCAAACAGCAGUAAACCGUAUCUAGCGCGGUAUAAAAAUAGACGACGGAUGGGUAUACAUCACUCUGCAUGUCGCGGUAAAUGGGUGAGAAGAAUGUGUGUUUAUGGUUAUAGAGAUUUACCGGUUCUAAAAAGUCGUAGAGAGCUGUUUGCAAAUAAAUUAUAUUUGCAUACAUUUCCUGUUGCAUAUGGGUGUAUGGAAGAGUUGAUUUUUAAUCGAACACGUGGCGAAUUUAAAGGAAAAAGAACGUUUAAUGCAAGCUGGUAUUCUUCUCUUGAUUUUGUUACAAAUAAAAUUGAUUCAAAACGCCGAGACUUGUAACAAAAAAGGCCUUAUUUACGGAAAUCACUUAUUUCGGGUCAUAGUUUUAAAAAAAGUUAUUUAU